CAAGCUCUCCUGAUACAGUAUUGAGGUGCGGAACAAUCCUCAAGUCCGCGUGGCAUCUAAUUCCAUCACUCUGUGGUUUUGCAAACUCCCAGCGCUAGAUUUUUGGAAGCGUGAAUUACGCCGAGCAACCGCCUCAGUUCAUGCGUCCUUAGAGUGAACAAGUAAUCAAGACCGCAUCUGCGACCAUUCAAUCGACGUGAUGGCGCAUGGUCGCUCAAAUCGACCAUCCUGAUUUCUCGCAUCGAUAAGCUUGAUUCUAUCCCAAGUGCUGCUGGUGACUUCCCAGCAUAAUGACGCGCCGUAUCGUCAGAAACCUUAUCCAGAUCAGCGCCUUCGUCACUCUCCUCCUGAUCGUCAUCUUUGUCGCGGACACGCAAUACCGAGUCCUACCAGACGCUAUCCAUCAUGCGCUACCUUCACACCAUACCGGAUCUGUAGUGACCGAUAUCACGAUAUCAUUUUGUUCGAAAGUAAACCCUCUGUCAACCUGCAAGUUGAAUCCGGACAAGUGGCAGCGAGUAAAUAAAGACCUAUACCUGGGUUCCAGCUGGACUCAAACCGCCUGGCUCCACGUAGAGCGCAAAAAGGAGGAAUGGCUUACACCGGAAGAUGAAGUUAUCAUCGGUGUCAAGCUGAGCAAGGGAAAUCCAGCCUUGAAGGGCAAGACUUCGGGUGAAGAGCGAUGGGAAAGCCGGCCCGGUGGGAUCUGGAUACUGCGCAGCAACAAACGCCAUGACGCAGAAUCUGAUCGCGCAGUCACAGCCGUCGAUGUGUUAUUUGGGCCAGAUGCAAUCGAUCCGCGCUCUAAUUGGAUAAUGCUCGCCGGAUCACUGCUCAUUGAAAGCAAAUUGCCCGCAAAGUUAAGUAUACGGCAUGGCCGGCCAGAAACUCAUACUAGGGAAAGCAUGUUGCCCAGAGUGAACAGGGAUGGUAAAUUCAAGAUAUUGCAAAUAUCGGAUGCACAUCUCUCCACUGGUCUCGGUGCCUGUCGAGACGCGAUAGGUGAGAAUGGAAAAGAGAUCAAGAAUUGUGACGCAGAUCCGCGGACACUAGACUUUCUCGAAACCAUUCUGGAUGACGAGAAGCCAGACAUGGUCGUCCUCUCCGGUGACCAGACCGAAGGUCCCGCAGCUCAUGAUACUGAGAGCACGAUUUUCAAAAUGACGGCACCAUUGAUCGAGCGUCGCAUUCCAUGGGCGGCCAUAUUUGGAAAUCAUGAUGAAGAAGGCGCUCAUUCGUUACGAAGAAUUGCACAGAUGAGGAUCUUGGAAAAUCUGCCCUUCAGUCUCGCUGAAGCUGGUCCUGAGAAAAUCGAUGGAGUUGGCAAUUAUUACGUCGAGGUGCUGGCCCCGUCACCGUCGCACCAUUCUGCCAUCACGCUUUACAUGUUCGACACGCACAGCCUUUCACCGGAUGACAAACAUUAUCCUGGGUAUGCAUGGGUGAAGCAGAACCAGAUCGAUUGGUUCCGCACUACUUCAAACAGCUUGAAGAAGAAUCACGACCGUUACAGCCAUAUCCAUCUGGACCUCGCUUUUAUCCACAUUCCUUUGCCCGAGUAUGACAUGCCUGGGAAUAUCGAGAUUGGCGGCUCCCAUAAGGAACGUGUUACUGCUCCUGGAUUCAACACACAUCUGUACGACGCUUUUGCUGAGGAGGGUAUCGUCGCUGUGGGAUGUGGUCAUGACCACGCAAACGAUUACUGUGCACUGCGACCACAGCAGGCACCUUCGGCUGCUAAUCAUGGUCGCGAUACGGACGGUACCAGUUUGGCUCGGCGCGGACCAAAUCCCUUCGGGCCAUGGAUGUGCUUUGCUGGCGCAUCUGGUUUUGGCGGUUAUGGUGGCUAUGGUGGCAUUCAUCGCAGAGUGCGCGUUUGGGAGGUCGACACUAAUGCCGGCCGCAUCAUGACUUGGAAGCGCGUCGAAUGCUGUGGCGAUGACAAGCAUAAGCGGAUCGAUGAAAUUGUUCUGGUUGAAGGCGGAGUGGCCAUGUCGCCUUGAUGGCUAUUGGAAGUGUCUUCGGGGAGUCGGAGUAGGGACAUGCUUGUAUGUGUAUGUCUACUAGCUUUCAUGUGUGUAUAUCUACGAACUAGCUGGAUCUUCUGGCAAAAUCAAGUUUACCAUGGCCGGCUCCAAGUCGACUGUUCUGCACGGUACUACCGCCUGACAAAGAUUAUUGCAGCAAGAAUGGUUUCCAUGUUUGCAAAAUUCUUUAAGACCACUGACAAGGUUGUUGCGAUUUGCAGCUUGUCGGCAGUGAGUUCCAGAGGCUCCAGCCCUUGAGGGACAAGUGCUUCACAAAUCAAGC